AUGGCGUCUCGGCGGUCGCCACUUGCUCAGCCCCUGACUCUGAAGCUAUCAGGAAAGGUCAUCCCGAACCGCAUCUACCGCACUGCGCUCAGCGAGUACUCAGGAAGUUAUGACGAGGAUAACGUCAACAACACCGGCAAGCCUCUGCAGAGAUACAUAGACCUUCAUCAAGAACUGGCCGACGGUGGCGCUGGCCUUAUUUGCUUUGGUAACAUCCCAAUCCACCGCGACCACCUGGAAAACAUCAACAACGUCGUGCUUGACCGCGAUCAGCCCUGGGACGCUGUCGAGGCCUUCCGGCCAGCCAUCAAGGCCGCCAAGUCAAGGGGCGCCCUCUGUCUGCCCCAGUUGAAUUUCACCGGCCGGCAGUGCCCUGGGUUUUUGAACCCGAAUCCCGUCUCGUCUUCAGACGUUCAGCUCCAGGAGUGCAUGGACAAAACUUACGGGAUACCGACGCCGCUCUCCAAGUCUGAGAUUCAGGACAUAGUUGAUCGCUUUGCUUGGGCUGCGGAGACUGUGAUCAAGGCUGGUGCAGAUGGAAUCAUUCUUCACGCCGCCCAUGGCUAUCUCAUUAAUCAGUUUCUGUCCCCUCAUAUUAACAAGCGGACUGACGAGUACGGAGGAAGCCUCGAGAACAGGGCCCGGUUUGUUCUCGAAAUAGUUAAGGCUAUCAAAGCCAAGCUCCCGUCUGAUCAGUUCGUCAUUGCAGCCAAGAUCAAUUGUCAAGAUUUCGUCCGAGGAGGUGCCACAUUCGCAGAGCAGUGCAUCGUUAUCAAAUGGCUUGAAGAUGCAGGCGUAGACUUGUUCGAUAUUUCCGGCGGCACCUAUGAGGCCCCAGCCUGGCGCGGCAACCUGGCAAGCCUUGGUGAAGUCCAGCCACUAGCUGGCGAAGGCACAUUCCUCAAAUGGGCCAAGGACAUCAAGAAAAUCCUGUCACGCGCUGUUAUUGGAACAACGAGUGGAUGGCGCGACAGUGAUUUUAUGGCGGCUGCUGUGCAGAGAGGGGACAUUGAUAUGUGUGGGCUAGGGAGGCCACUAAGAGAGGACCCUGACUUCCCGAAUCGGGUGUUUGGUGGCGAGCGGAUUUCGGGCAAGCUAUAG